AUGGAUUAUGUCGAGUUAAAGCAAGUCCACGCGCUUCUUGAAGAGGUCAAAACUUCUGUCAAGCAGUUUGAAGUGGAGAACUCUGAAAUCGCUCGAGUUCAGGCACUUGAAAAGUCCCUGAAGUUGUCAAGAGCUCUUGAACAUCCCAAGGAUGUGAUUCUAAAGCUGUUCCUUUCGCCUACUCAAGCCAUGGUAGUCAAGAUCGCACAUGACCUUGGUCUCUUUGCGAUUCUUGCCAAAUCAGACGAGCCCAUUUCUUACCAGGACCUGGCCAAUCAGAGUGGUGCAAACCCUUUGUUAAUCGAACGAAUUAUGCGUCUCCUUGUUGCCAUGGACUUUGCCCAAGAGCAUGGUACUGGGAAGUAUUCGCCAUCUUUACUCUCCAAGGAGAUGACAGACGAUAAAUCUGGCGGUAUCGUUGACACGCUCUUUGUUGAUAUUGCUCCGGCCGUUCUGAAGACUCCGGACUUCCUCCGCAAGACAAACUAUCAGAAUCCCGAAAACCACUCAGCCGGGCCUAUGCAAUACACGUACGACACCAAUCUCACGACCUUCGAAUGGUUAGCACAAGACGUCGCUGUCCAUGAGCGCUUCCAUUCCUUCGUGGAGCAUGUUCGCGAGAGUCGCCCGUUCUGGGUUGACUGGUAUCCCGUCCAGGAAAGAAUCCUAGACGGCUCCUCCUGUGAAACCGGCGACGCUCUAAUUGUGGAUAUUGCCGCCGGCAGCGGUCGUGACAUGCUGGCAUUCAAGAAGAAGUUCCCCGAUGCAACUGGAAGAAUUAUCGUCGAAGACCUUCCAGCCGUGUUCAACGACGUUACCUACCACGACUUGGGGCUAGAGAAGAUCGGAUAUGAUGCUUUUACUCCGCAGCCAGUUCAGGGGUCUCGUGCCUACUUCCUCAAGUUCCUCUUGCAUGAGUUCUCCGACGAAAAUUGUAUGGAGAUCCUCAAGAACGUUACCAAGGCCAUGAAGAAGGGGCACUCCAAGAUCCUGAUUGAGGAAUAUAUCCUCCCCGAUGAGAACGCGGGUCUGUUCCACUCAAUGGUGGAUAUGAUCUUGAUGGUAUUCGCCCCUGGUACUCUCCGUACGAAGGCUAAAUGGACUGCCAUGCUCGAAUCUGUCGGGCUCACCGUCAACGUCAUCUUCCACCCUGAUGGCGAGGGGCCAUCCAUCAUUGAGGCUGAGCUGUAA